UUCAGAUCUGUACUUGUAAUUGUACGUACUUAUUCCCCUGAGAAUUAUGGCUAAAAAAUGCCACCUACACUCCCCCCAAAAUCUACACGUUCCAUUAUUCCAUCGUGACCGCAAACAGACUAAUUUAUUGUCAAUAAUACAAUAUUCAGGAUGAUUAAUACCCGGCCACUCCUUUCUCAUCGGUCACAUACAUGUGUAUGUACGUACAUAUUUUUUUGUAUUUUUUGGCCAAAUUGUUAUUUUACACAUGGUGGAGAAUUUUUUAAUUGGGGCUUGGUAUUUUUUGCAAUUCCAAAUAUUUGUAUGGGCAAGUGUGCGAUGUGGUUGGUUUUCUUUAUGAGGACGUAUUAUCUGGUGACGACGCAUUGAUGACGCAUUGGGCGUCACAAUUUGAGAUGACAACGCAUUGAUGAGAGAAUUUUGAAUUCCAUUUUAUUCCCGUGACAAUUUAGUGACGUCGUGAAUGGCGGUGUUGAGUUGUUGAAUCGAUAAAAUCUGGAGAAACCGGAAUUCUGGAGAAGCGCAACUCUACGUCAAACAUUGGUCCAGCUCGGAAAUAUUGGUUUAAGAAAACAUUUAUAUAAGAAAGGUGACACGUUUUUUAUGAAAAAUAUUAACGAAACCUCAAUUUAAGAUCUGGACCAUGACUUCCGCCCCCGUUGGCUUGUCCACGUCUGCCUGGUGGCUGGAGAAAGGUGUCAUCCUUCACGAUAAUAAAUACCUCGUUGCAGAGGAUCGAAAAACCUACAUGUGCGAAAAGGCCAGAAUUCUCGUCAUCUUCUUUGGCUCUUAUCGCAACCGGAGCACAAAGCAUUUUGUCAAAUAUCUCAACAAACUGUAUUCGUACACGACUGAGAAACGUGCCAGGCUCGAAAUCAUCUUCAUUCCGCAAGAUGAAGAUGAAGCGGAUUGCGAAUUCUUUGUGAAGGCUUUGAUGGGAGAUUGGCUCAUCGUGCCGUGGUCGAACCAGCAACUUCGCAGAAAGGUGAAGAACAUGUACAGCGUGUCGGACCAGCCGUGGCUCGUCGUGGUGAAGAACGACGCGAAGGGGAGCUUGGUCCGGCUGGAUGGAAAAUCGGACCUUCUCGACUACGGCUACUUUUGCUGGAGGGAUUGGAUGGAAAUUGCGAAAGAGAUUCCUCCCCCGGAAUCUUGACCUCCGACCACUCGCUCUAAAAUUGAUCUAAUCUGAUGAACUUUUCAAAUACGUAUCGUUUAUUAUUUACAUAAUAAAUUGAAAACUUGUA